AAAGCUGACAGAGUCUCGAGAACCAAAAUCCUCCUCCUCCUCCUCCUCCUCCUCCUUCCGGCGACGAUGAACAAGGGACCUGGACUCUUCUCCGAUUUCGGCAAGAAAGCCAAAGAUUUGCUCAUCAAAGACUACACCACCGACCAGAAGUUCACCAUCUCCAGUAGCAGUUACAGUGGAGUGGCGCUUGUUUCCAAUGUUGUGGAGAAGGGAGGUCUAUCCUCUGGAGAUGUGGCAGCACAAUACAAACAGAAGAAUGCAACAUUUGAUGUCAAGCUUGACACUGAGUCAAAUAUUAUGACAACCUUAACUGUUACGGAUGUACUGCCUUCUUCAAAAGCAAUUGCUUCAAUUAAGUUGCCUGAUUACAACUCUGGAAAGUUAGAGGUUCAGUAUUUUCAUGAGCAUGCCACUUUCACUACAGCUGUUGGGCUGAAGAUAUUGCCCGCUGUUGACUUUUCAGCAACCAUUGGUACUCCAGCCAUUGCUUUUGGAGUGGAGGCAAGUUACCUAACAGCUUCAGGUGAAUUUUCAAAGUAUAAUGCUGGAGUGAGUGUGACAAAUCCAGACCGCAAUGUUUCAGCUAUCCUGGCUGACAAGGGAGACUCCCUAAGGGUCUCAUACUUGCACCAUGUAGAUCAUCUGAAUAGGGGAGCAGUGGUGGGAGAGAUUGCACGGAAGUUCUCCACAAAUGAAAACACAUUAACGGUGGGAUGUUCAUACAUUGUUGACCCUCACACAUUGGUGAAGGCAAAGCUCAACAACCAUGGCAAUCUUGGUACCCUCAUACAGCAUGAGCUUAGACCAAAGUCCUACCUCACAAUUUCUGGUGCCUUUGACACCAAGGCCUUGGAGAAGACUCCCAAGUUUGGAUUGACACUCUCUCUAAAGCCCUAAAUAGGCAUACUGACCUCAUUACAGAAACAUGCAACUGAUUCAAUUGACGAAACUCAUUCUCUCACCGCAGUACCACAUGGGCAUUUUGUCAGUGAUUGUAAUCGGAUUGUUAGUACAUUUCUGCUUCAGAUAGUGUCCUCUAAGUCUCUUUUAUUUUGUUAAAUAAACUUAUAAUUACCUU